AAAGAUCCCAAGCGAGCGCGUUUUUUAUCUCUCCUUCUGCUGAACAUUGUUUUCCGUAAGAAUUUUGUUGGGUUUUUGAUCUCCCUCUAGGGUUCUUGAGAUCCUAUCUCGGUCUCCUAUGCUCUCUGAUCUCUGCGAUACUGCUGAAGUAGUGGUUGGAUAGUGACUAGGGAAAUGGCUGUUCUGUCGGUGGAGUCCUUGCCGCUGGGCUUCCGAUUCCGUCCCACGGACGUGGAGCUCGUGAAUCAUUACCUCAAGGGAAAGAUCACUGGCCGGAUCAAGUCCGAGGACGAGGUCAUCUCCGAGAUAGAUAUCUGCAAGUGCGAGCCGUGGGACCUUCCGGAUAUAUCAUUGAUCAAAUCGAGCGAUUCGGAGUGGUUCUUCUUCUCGCCGAAGGACCGGAAAUAUCCCAACGGCAGCCGUUCCAAACGAGCUACGAAGGCUGGCUACUGGAAAGCCACAGGGAAGGAUCGGAUGAUCAGGUCCAUAUCUCGGGUUCCUACAAUCAUAGGCACUAAGAAGACCCUUGUAUUUUACCAAGGCCGUGCCCGCAGCGGCGUCCGCACUACUUGGGUCAUGCACGAGUACCGCACCACCGAGAAGGAGUUUGACUCAGGAGAGCAGGGUGGCUUCGUUCUCUGUCGUUUGUUCAAGAAGCCUGAAGAAAAGACCCUAAUUUCUGAGAUUGAUGAUUGUACGGAGGGAAAUGUUGGUGAGAUGGAGAGUGGUGACCCCUCUCCUGCUCCUGCUCCUGCUCCAGGCAUGCUUUCACCAGUUGAGAUGCAGCAAGGAGUAGAAGCAACAGUGGAAGUUGUUUCACCAUUGGAUCACAAGCUUCCGGGGUCAUAUUUGCAAGAAAAUUUGCAGCCUUUGCCUCCGACCUCUGAUAUGCAAUCAUCGUGUGUCCACGAGUUGCUAGAAGAGAGCCACUGCAGUGAUACUGUCGUUUCAGAUCCUCCUUGUGAAACCCUUGUGGGAAAUGAGUUUGGUCUUCGCCUGGAUGAUUUACCACAAUAUCUUAACCCAGACUUUGACAAGCUUGGUGGAGUUGACCAGGAAUUUCCAGAAUUUGAUUACCAUUCCAAUUCCCCAAGAAUAACUUACACGGGGCAUGCAUUUAAUGCUGGAGUUGAAUGGGAAUUUUCGUCAGGCCUCAAUCAAUGUGACAGUGUUGAAGACGACUCUGUCACCGAGUUCUUAGAUGCAGUGCUUUGUGAUCCAUAUGAAUGUUCCCCUGAAGUAUCAUAUGUCUAUAGAAGUCUAAAUACUGAGUUUGAGCCACAAGGUCAGAUUUGUGUCAGCACAGAUGAUACCCCCUGGGACUCCCUAUCAGGCAAAAAGAGCAAGAGAGGCAGUGACAAAGAUGAUAAAGCUACUGUCUUAGAUGACAGCAUAGGAUUUUCUGGUGAAAUCUACAAGCUUCCUGUUUGUUCGAGCACCUUGUCACAGAAGAAUAGUUGUAUUGUUCCUGCAAGACAGCACAGGAUUUUGGUGUUUCCUAAUCACAAUUUGUGCCAAAAAGUUUCCUUAAUGGACUCUGCAAGUACCUUGCAUCAAGAAAUGGCCAGGAUGAGCAACUGUGACAAGGCUGGAAUCCAGAUCAGCACUCAUAAUAAUUUACAAGAGUUAGAUUGCUUGAUUGAACCACAAAGCCUGCUGAUGAGACGGUUGCAUUUGCAAAAGUUUGUUCGUAAAGGAUCUGUUCCCAGCACUGAUCAAGUAUUAAGCACCAGAAAUGAUGUGAUGAAAUCAGCUGCCAAUGAGGUUCGAGAAAUUUUGAAGCAUCAAUUCAGUGAAGAACAACCUGUUUUUAGUCGUAUUGCCAGUACCACUUCAGAGGGCUUUUCUUCUCAUGAGAUAAAGUCCUCUUCUCUUGAGAUAUAUGAAAGAAAAUGUUACACUCCAGCACAAGAAUCCGGGAUCAAUGAUUUUAAUCCUAAAUCAAGUUUGAGAACACGAUGGAAGCAUAAGGAUGAUGACAGAAUCAGCAGCCAGUCUUUGGAUGCAAUGGCGAGUAAAGAUGGUUCACACUUUAGUGUUAGAAUAAUUUUGAUUCUGUCGGUAAUACUUUUAUUCUUAAUACUAGGACUAAAUUGGUGCCUAAGGUCCUGAUGUGUGCAUAUGAACGUAAUUCACUUCACAGAAUCAGUUCUUGACUUUGUAAAUAUUGUUGCCUUCCUGCACAUAUCUUCUGGGCAUCUUUGAACAUAAACUCUCCCUUGGCUUUACUGGUGCCAUAAUGAAUUUUAUUGCUUUUGUAAUUAAGCUUAGCAGAUCAUUUCAAGAACUACUUUCUAGCAUUUGUAUGCUGUUAAUAUACACCCGAAUUGGCUAUUUUGCUGCUAAUGCUAAAUUCCUGGAUUCUCUGGAUACGCUCUACUACUAUGCUAUGAGGUGCUCUACAUAAUAUUACAAACAACUAGUGUCAUUUACUCUUGAGGAGAAUUGCCCUCAUCUCCUUGUGCACCCUAUUUGUUUAUGGGGAAUUAUCACUUUAACUAGUUUAUUUUGUUCCCUUGUUGCAUUGUCUGUGUAUUAGAGUAUCUUCCAGGAUCCUUGCACAAUACAAUUUUCUGGCAACUGACUCUUGAACUCUGCUUAGUGAUCCAUCACUGAACUCCGCUUGUAUUUUCUGCCAUCCAUGAUUUGCAGUUGAUUGCACUUGGUUGGAACUGAACUCAUUGACAGUUUGCCUUGUUGAAGUUGGGAGUGUAGAAAGAAUGACAGCUUUCUGAUUUCAAGUUUAAGGCAUCCAAAAGAUGCAUUACUUGUGUUAGAUUUUUCUGAUGAUUUUGAAGUUUGGUAUAAAUACUCCAGUGGCUUCUAAUUUAGAUUGAUAGAGUUAAGUUGCUGUCACAAAAUUUUACAUGGGUUGUCUGCGAAUAUUAUGUGCAUGAGUGAUAUUUGUUUAAACCCAACUUUUAUCUUCGGCAAUGUGUUUUAACUUGCAGGAGAACUUGACUACAUGGUGAUAAUAAACUGAUGGGGUGACAUGUGAUAUUUUGACUCAUCCUAUCAUACUAGGGAAGUAAUUUUACUCAGAUCCAUUAAUCUGAAGAAAGUACAUUGGAGAAUUAAUGCAGCUGAAAUUUUAAAGGAUGAUUUGGCUAGGAAACCCCAUGGUUUCAAGCACUGUUUUGAUGAAUCCUUGACAAACAGAAACAAAAGCUUUUUGCAUAACAACCACCAAUGAGCAUCUACAAUACCAAUUAUUGGACAAGGAAGUAUCUUUUCAGCUAUUUUUUAGUCUGUUGUCUACAUUCUUGUUCCCAUUUACAGAGACCAUGGCUUGUUUGAGCACAACAGAUGCAACUUCUCACAAUUACUAGAUCAUGUUUCAUCAUUGUCAUUCCAAAUUGGAUUCUGUAAAGAAAGAAAAAACUACCUUCUGCAGCAAAUUUAGGCAUUGUGGAUAUUGCAAGUUUUGAAUUCAUGAAGAAAGUAAUCCAUUCCCCUGUUGAAGUCAGCUUAUCUGUGACUCUUUUUUAGGAGAAACUUUCUUCAGCCUGGAGUUGAUCUGAAGACACUUUUCUGCUUUACUGUUCCACUGUUGCUGAAUAAUCAUGUGUGUCAGCUUCCAGUUUUUUCUUACUAUCAAUAAGUUGCUGCCUCGUAACAGAAUUUUUGGGGUUUCUUAGAUCCUUAAACAUAGCUUUCAAUUCCCUCAAUUUCUGUAUGACUUUAAACAUUAUAAAUCUAUCAACACAAUUUCUUCAAGCCA